GUGGUUGUUGAUGCCAUCAACUCUUGUCUGCUGCUGUCGAGAUGAAUUGGAUUGACUAAUUGUGCCGUUUAACCUUCAGAUCUGCUGACACAGACGCUGUAAUCGGCCCGUUAGGUCAUUCUUAUUUCAAACUCGCUCUGAUGACUUUAAAUACAACAGAAAUACAGAAGUAGCAGCUCGACUUUGUGUGUGGGUGGGUGUGUGUGUGUGUGUGUGUGUGUGUGUGUGCAGUUCUUGUUUCACACACUGCAUCUGUGGGAGUAUGAGGAAGUAACUUUUUGAAUGUGUCAGUGGAUGUCUUGUAUUGUAGGUCUCUGGCUGCUGUUGGCUCUGACCGUCUGACUGCUGUGAUGGCUGCAGUCUGAAGAGGUCAACGUGUGGAUUUUAACGACACAUAAACACACGUACACACACACUCGCACUCUCUGGACAGUGGACACCUGAGGAAGAGAGGAGGCCCGCUGGAACAAUGGCAAAGUACCACUGGCAGAGUCAAAAUGUGAAGCAAAGCGGAGUGGACGACAUGGUCCUCCUAUCCAAGAUCACUGAGGACGCCAUUGUGGACAACCUCAAGAAAAGAUACCUGGACGACUACAUCUUUACAUACAUCGGCCCUGUAUUGAUAUCAAUUAACCCGUUCAAACAGAUGCCCUAUUUCACUGACAGAGAGAUCGAAAUGUACCAAGGAGCUGCCCAAUAUGAAAAUCCACCCCACAUCUACGCCUUGUCUGAUUUCAUGUACAGAAACAUGAUGAUUGAUGGAGAGAAUCAGUGUGUCAUCAUUAGCGGUGAGAGUGGUGCUGGAAAGACAGUGGCUGCCAAAUACAUCAUGGGUUACAUUUCCAAAGUAUCUGGAGGAGGAUCGAAAGUUCAGCAUGUAAAAGACAUCAUUCUACAGUCAAAUCCUCUGCUGGAAGCCUUUGGUAACGCCAAGACUGUCCGCAACAACAACUCCAGUCGUUUUGGGAAAUACUUUGAGAUUCAGUUCAGCAGAGGAGGAGAGCCAGACGGUGGUAAAAUCUCAAACUUCCUGCUGGAGAAGUCGAGGGGGGUGAGCCAGAAUGAGAACGAGAGGAACUUCCACAUAUACUAUCAGAUGAUAGAGGGCGCCAACGAUCGGCAGAAAGAGGCCCUGGGCAUCAUGACCCCAGACUACUACUGCUACCUCAACCAGUCUGGGACCUACAAGGUGGAUGGGACCAACGACAGCAAAGAUUUCCAAGAGACUAUGGAAGCCAUGCAGGUGGUUGGGAUCCCAGGCGACAUCCAGACUCAGGUCCUGCAAAUCGUCGCAGGCAUCCUCCACCUGGGAAAUAUCAGCUUCAUAGAGGCAGGCAACUAUGGGCAGGUGGAGAGCACAGACUUGCUUGCCUUUCCCGCCUAUCUGCUGGGCAUUGAUCCCAGCCGUCUGCAGGACAAGCUCACCGGCCGGAAGUGGGCAGGGAAGAAUGAGUCCAUUAAUGUGACCCUGAACCAGGAGCAGGCCACCUACACGCGAGAUGCCCUGGCCAAAGCCCUCUAUGCACGACUCUUUGACUACCUGGUGGAGGCCAUAAAUAAAGCCAUUCAAAAACCACAUGAGGAAUUCAGUAUCGGAGUACUUGACAUUUAUGGCUUUGAGAUAUUCCAGAGAAAUGGCUUUGAGCAGUUCUGUAUCAACUUUGUCAAUGAGAAACUGCAACAGAUCUUUAUUGAACUGACUCUGAAGGCUGAGCAGGACGAGUACGUUCAAGAGGGCAUCAAGUGGACUCCCAUUGAGUACUUCAACAACAAGAUUGUGUGCGACCUCAUUGAAAAUAAAUUGAACCCUCCCGGCGUAAUGAGCGUGCUGGAUGAUGUGUGCGCCACCAUGCAUGCCAAAGGAGAGGGUGCAGAUGGCACUCUGCUGCAGAAACUGCAGUCCGCAGUGGGAACACAUGAACAUUUCAACAGCUGGAACUCGGGCUUCGUCAUACAUCACUACGCUGGCAAGGUGUCGUACGAUAUCGCUGGUUUCUGUGAGAGAAACCGGGAUGUGCUGUUCCCUGACCUCAUCGAGCUCAUGCAAAGCAGCGAACAUAACUUCAUCCGUAGCUUGUUCCCUGAAAACAUCAACACAGAUAAGAAAAGCCGGCCAACCACAGCCAGCUCAAAGAUCAAGAGACAAGCUAAUGAUCUGGUGAACACGCUGAUGAAAUGUACUCCGCACUAUAUCCGCUGCAUCAAACCCAAUGAGACAAAGAGACCGAAAGACUGGGAGGAGAGCAGAGCUAGACAUCAGGUUGAAUAUCUCGGACUGCGGGAAAACAUACGUGUAAGAAGAGCUGGAUUUGCGUACCGCAGACUCUUCAAUAAGUUUCUGAAUAGGUAUGCUAUUCUGACAGCUGAGACAUGGCCAUGUUGGAGGGGUCCAGAGCAGCAGGGGGUCCUUCACCUCCUCCGGUCUGUCAACAUGGAUAACGACCAGUACCAGAUGGGACGCACCAAGGUCUUUGUCAAGAACCCUGAAUCGCUUUUCCUGCUGGAGGAAAUGAGGGAGAGGAAGUUUGACACUUUUGCCAGGAUCAUUCAGAAAUCCUGGAGAAGAUACAUUGCCAGGAAGAAGUAUGAACAGAUGAGAGAGGAGGCCUCAGACAUCCUGUACAACUCAAAGGAGCGGAGGAAGAACAGCAUCAACAGAAACUUUGUCGGGGACUACCUCGGCCUGGAGCAGAGGCCUGAGCUGCGACAGUUUCUUGCCAAAAGGGAGCGUGUCGACUUCACUGAUUCUGUCAACAAGUUUGAUCGCAGGUUCAAGUCUAUUAAGAGAGACUUGAUCCUGACCCCCAAGGGCAUCUAUCUGAUUGGUCGAGAGAAGGUGAAGAAAGGACCUGAGAAAGGACUGAUAAAGGAGGUGCUGAAACGAAAGCUGGAGUUUGGAAGCAUCACUGGUGUCUCUCUCAGUACGAGGCAGGAUGAUUUCUUCAUCAUACAUGAGUCCCAGUACGACAGUCUGCUGGAGUCCAACUUUAAGACUGAGUUCCUCAGUCUGCUCUUGAAACGCUACGAGGACGUGACCAAGAGAAAACUGACAAUCUCUUUCACUGACAGGUUGGAGUUCAGAGUGAAGAAGGAGGGCUGGGGUGGAGGAGGCAACAGGGUGGUGGUGUUUCAGAGGGGGCAAGGGGACCUGUCCCAGCUCAAACCUGGAGGGAAGACCCUCACCAUCACAGUAGGGGACGGUCUACCCAAGUCCUCCAAGCCGAGCAGGAAGAGUGCUCCACAGUCUCGUGGUGGAGGGAGAAGUAAUGUUGGCAGCAGAGCGCACCAGAAUGGUGCACCCAAAUUGUCCAGAGCCGCCCCCAACCAACAUUCAAAUGUCACAUAUUCCUCCCCGCAAAAACACGGGCAGCCACCCAGCACAGCUCCGCCCAAACUGGGCUCCCAGAGGGCCCCCAGAGUCCCGGCCCACAACCAGCACAACCCGGGGAACUUGGACUUCCUCAAUGUGCCUGACCAGGGCAUGUCAGGGAAGCAGAGGAGAAGGAGCAUCAGUCGUCAACCUCCUCCGGCUCCUAAACCUCAGCCUCAACUCCAGGGGCCCCGCUGCAGGGCGCUAUAUCAGUACAUCGGCCAGGACACGGACGAGAUCAGCUUUAAUGCCGACGACGUGUUCAACCUCAUCAAAGAAGAUGCAUCAGGCUGGUGGACUGGCAGGAUUCAAGGAAAGGAAGGUCUCUUCCCCGGUAACUAUGUGGAAAAGAUCUGAACGGGGCUCGGUCUGUCCCGCUGGACUUUGCGUCUGUUGAGAAAUAUGUGUAUUUUGUUGAAAGUAGCAAAUACUGUUUGCUAAAGAAACUGCCUGGGAAUUCUUCAUGGUUGCAUGUUAGACGUUCAUCCAUAAUGGAAACUGUUUGGACCUCGCUGAUAUUAGGGACACGUAUAUAUUGUUUGUAGGAGCAGAGCACAGAAGACAUUAUUGUUAUGGUCACGACUGUUAAAACACAGGUCCACCGCAAAGAGCUGCUCGGGUUUCAUCUGUUGUCGUUCUGAAUGAUAGCAAAAAUAUCUCUUUGACUUCACUGUUACUCCCACAACACCUUUCUUUGAGCCGUUACUUUCCUAAGAAAAUGUCAAAGUUAAAGUUACAGAAAAGUGACCUGAAAAUACGGCAUUGCUUUUUGUUGUCUACAGAGUCUAUAUUUUCCCUGUUCUCCAGAGCAAUGUCGAAUACUGCUCAGUAUAUGUGAUUAAGACAACGCCAUGAAAUCAAGUAGUAAUAGACAUUUGAAAAUGUAUCGAACUUGACUGUUAUGUUUGCACCUUAACACACCUGCUUCAGACCAAUCAAAGACAUUGGCAGAGACAAUACUUUGGACCUCACUGAAAAAAGUUAUGAUUAUUAUUACUAAUAUCAUUAUUGAUAUUUCUUCACCUCAGUAAAAUAAAUAUAUUUUCAUUUUUUUACCUCAAGGACUUUUGGACUGGUUUGGUGCUUUCAUCAGUAAGUUAUAAAAUAUUUCUGAAUAACAAGAGAGCGGUGACUUAUUAACUUUACAUUUUGCAUUUUUCUUUUUUAAUGUGUGGUUGAUUUUGUAAAUCAAUUUAAUUCCCUCACUGUCAAUCAAUAUUUGUUUUUAUAUGGAUAAAUAAAAAGUUUUACAACUCUUU